GGGAUCUUUUCGGACACCCCCACUGCCACCUAGGGGAAGUCAUGGCCCGGGCGGGCAAUCACAAGCCUCGGGGGUGACUCGUUGUAAGAAUUGCAAGAGGAACCACCCGGGGAAAUGUCGUGACCCUCCUAGAUGCUACCAAUGCGGGAGCACCGGUCACAUGAAGAUGAGCUGCCCACAACUGGGCGGGACGAGGGCAUCAGGGCCAAGUAGUGGUAAUACCGGGACACGGAAUCAAGCCGGGACUUCACAAGCAUCCAGGGGGCAAGGGGGAGCAAGCGCAAGCAACGCGCCGUCCGUGAAUCAAGGAAGGACUCAAGCUAGGGUCUACGCGAUGACGGAGGCGGAUGCUCAAGCUAACCCGGAUUCCGUUGCAGGUUGAGGCUAGAGCUUGCUUCCUGUGCUCGUUGCUCGAGAGAUUCAUCUAGGAGGGAAGACUUGGUUCGUGCUUCCUCCAUUCUGUUUUUAAACAUUAAUAAACAUGCUCAUGGAUAUUUUACUAUAGAGCCUGCGUGCUCAUGAAUAGCCAUGUGUGGCCCUUUUGUUUUAAACAAUGUUUUCCGCUGCGUUAUGAAUUACUUAUUAUGUUUGUUUAUGGAUGUAUAUGUGUGAAUGAUAUUCAAGACGCCUUGUAUAAUAUGAAUGUGUUGGACUGCGGUUGACUAUUCGUAUUGUACGGCGGGUUGUUGACGUGCCCGGAUAGGUCCGGGGCGUGACACAAACAUCUGAAAAGGCUAUCAUGUGAACCAAUUUUGAAAGAUCAUUUAUCUGAACAAU